ACCCGGUUUUUGACCCGAAUGAACCCGUCCAAACCCCUCGCUUGCAUCGGAAACGGCUAAACCCUCGUCGGAACACACCGUACAGGCCUGCUCGCUCAGCAUCCCCACACACCCAAAUCACGAUUGCACAGUAGCGCACAGAGAAGCGUACGUGAAACUCUCCAAGCCCCAAGCAUUUUCGGCGCAUAUCCUUUCUGAGCAGGGCAAAAAUGUCUCGUAUUUGCGUGAAGAAUUUGCCGAAGUAUGUGGCGGAGGAUCGUCUCCGGGAAGUUUUUUCUCGGAAAGGAGAAAUAACAGAUGUCAAGCUCAUGCGCACCAAAGAUGGGAAAAGCAGACAAUUUGCCUUUAUUGGGUUCCGCACUGAGCAUGAAGCUGAAGAGGCUCUCAAAUUCUUCAACAAGUCUUAUCUCGAUACUUGCAGACUUACUUGUGAGAUUGCUCGCAAAAUUGGGGAUCCGAAUAUUCCUCGUCCGUGGAGUCGGCAUUCCUUGAAGAAAGAAGGGAAGUUGAUUGAAGAGGGGAAGAACAUCGAUAGUGGCAAAAGUUCAAGCCGGGCAGCCUCCAAAGGCGAGAAAAUGAGUCUUAAAAAGGGCAACGAGAAUGAUGAUCCUCGACUUCAAGAGUUUCUUCAGGUUAUGCAGCCAAGGAGCAAGACAAAAUUUUGGGCAAAUGAUGAUACAUUAGUACCUCCCCCUCUUGAUCAGCAGAAAACUCAAUCAAAGAUUGUAAGGGAAGAACCAGCUCCUCUGAAGGCUGAUUCAAAUGAAAUUGAUGAAAAUGAAAAUGUAUUAGACGAUAAUCGCGGGGCUCAAGUGUCACGCAAUCUUGCUCAUGAUGAUGUCAUCUCAGAUAUGGAUUACUUCAAGAGUAGAGUGAAGAAAGAGUGGUCAGACUCUGAGAGUAGUGGGGAGGAUGAUCAUAAUGAGGAUAAUAAUAAUGUCGAUGACUCUGAGGUGGACGAUGAUGACAACAACGAUGACGACGAUGACAACAACGAUGAUGACGAUGACGAAACUUUGAAGGAAAGCCUUGAGAUAGAGCAGAAAGUAGAUUCAAAGCGUGAUAUAAAAGAUUUCCCCGACAAGAUGGUUGAGAUGGAUGGAAAAUUUAGUGGUGAAGUGAUAGACUCAGGAAGCCCAUCAUCUAGCGAAGUCCAGAAAGAUGUUCUUGAAACUGGGCGUCUUUUCAUUCGCAACCUGCCAUAUACUGCCACGGAGGAUGAGCUGGAAGAGCUCUUUAGCAAAUUUGGCGAUGUUUCACAGGCCCAUCUUGUUGUUGAUAAAGAGACUAAACGAUCCAAAGGAAUUGCAUAUGUUCUUUACACUCUUCCAGAAGCUGCAGCAAGGGCAUUGGAAGAAUUAGACAAUACAAUUUUUCAAGGCAGAUUAUUGCAUAUUAUGCCAGCAAAGCAAAAAGGCUCUUCUGAGAAACAAGAGGCCAAUACUUCUGUAAUCCAAUCAUCAAAAACUUUUAGGCAAAAAAGGGAGGAAGAGAGGAAAGCAUCUGAAGCUAGUGGAGAUACAAGAGCAUGGAACAGCUUAUUUAUGCGCCCUGAUACAGUUGUUGAAAAUAUUGCUAGGAAACAUGGUGUAAGUAAAAGUGACUUACUUGACCGAGAGGCUGAUGAUCUUGCUGUGCGAAUUGCUUUGGGAGAAACUCAAGUAAUUGCAGAAACAAAAAAUGCUCUUGUAAAUGCUGGAGUAAAUGUGGGCUCGUUAGAAAAAUUUGCCGCUGGAAAAACUGAUGGUAUGAAAAGAAGCAACCACAUUCUAUUAGUGAAGAACUUGCCUUAUGGUUCAUCUGAAGGUGAAUUAGCUAAAAUGUUUGGGAACUUUGGAAGUUUGGACAAAAUUAUUCUCCCUUCAACAAAAGCAUUGGCGUUGGCUGUUUUCCUUGAGCCAGCUGAAGCUCGUGCAGCUUUUAGAAAUUUAGCAUACAAGCGUUACAAGGAUGCUCCUUUAUAUUUGGAAUGGGCUCCUGGAGAUAUUCUCAGUCAAAGUCCAAAGCCGGAUAGUGAUCCAAAGGCUAGUGCUAUAGUUGGUGAACACGAUGCCAAGCGGGUUUUGUUAGAGCAAGGUGUGGAAGGAAUAUUAGAUGUGGAUAUUGAUCCAGAUAGAGUUGAGUCACGAUCUCUAUUUGUCAAGAAUCUCAAUUUUAAGACAUCUGAUGAGAAUUUGAAGACGCAUUUUAUUUACCACACAAAGGAAGGAAGAAUCUUGAGUGUCAGGGUAAAAAAGCACUUGAAAAAUGGGAAGAAUGUUUCUAUGGGUUUUGGUUUUAUAGAGUUUGAUUCUGUGGAAACAGCUGCUAAUAUCUGCAGGGAUUUACAGGGGACUAUUUUGGAUGGGCAUGCUCUUAUCUUGCAACUUUGUCAUGCCAAGAAGGAUGAACAAGUUCAGAAAAGAGUUGAAAAGGAUAAGAGUUCAACAAAAUUAAUAGUGAGAAAUGUAGCUUUUGAGGCGACAGAGAAAGAUCUAAGACAACUGUUUAGUCCAUUUGGUCAGAUUAAGAGCUUGAGGCUGCCAAAGAAGUUUGGGAACCAUAGAGGCUUUGCAUUUGUGGAGUAUGUUACAAAGCAGGAGGCACAAAAUGCGCUUCAAGCUCUUUCAAGUACCCAUCUGUAUGGUCGACAUUUGGUAAGUGUUCUACUAGCCCUUCUCGGCAUCUAUAUUAGUAGGCACGGGAAAAAAGAAGAAACACCUAUCUUAUCCACCCCAUGUAAUCUUCAGGUUUUGGAGAGGGCGAAGGAGGGUGAGAGUUUGGAAGAAUUACGAGCUCGAACAGCUGCGCAGUUUCCAGUUGAGCAAAACGGUUUUCAAAAUCCAACAAAGGUGUCCAAAAAAAGGAAGCAUAUAGGGAUCUUGGACGAAGGCACAGUUAAGUUUGACAGAAUCGCGGAUUAGUGCUUCCAAUGAUGAUGUUAUGUAUUAUAGCAAGAAAUGAGUUAAAAUUGAGAAAAUUACAGAGUGAAAAUUUCUUUUUUACAAUAUAAUGCUGGUCCCAUUUUUCCAUGUUUGGGGCUAGUAAUUGUUCAUAAGCAUUUCUUGGCAGUUUGUAAAAGAUGAUGGUGGAUAUUAUUAUUAUUAUUAUUAUUUUCUUGCAUUAAA